UUUACGCCUGUGGAGAGCAGGGCACUGAGCGCAGCAUUAAACCAUUCCCACCACUGCUUACCGGCUACAUGUGGGUGAAGAAACCUGCUGAGUGAAACCAAACAGAGGAAAGAUUCAAAACUAAGCGUUAGUUUUCACUGCGUGGUAUAACUGUACUGAUUUUAUUCAAGUAAGGCUUAAGAAGAGUAAACUAGUGAAAGUUGGAUGCAUGUGAAGAGUGGACUCAACGGCAAUGGAAUUUGUGAUCUCUUAAGCUCGAGAAAUAACGUUAUCUGUCUCGACUAAUCUGUCUUCGUAUACACCAGUUGUGGACAAAUUGGAUGUACUCAGAGAAAACAGUGAAAAGUUUCUGGCUGUAACGACAAGUAGAACAGCGACUGAAGAGUUGUACACAGCGCAAGGUGUCAUCAGUCACAGUGAGGGUGCAAGGGCAAAUGCUGUCUGAGAGGGUUUUGACAAACCCUCAUGGGAGCCAUGGGAGGAUUGGAAGUGGCAGGAAAAGUGCUCUGAACUUUCACAGCAUCGAGUGCCACCCUCUUCUGUCUACAUCUUUGCUCAAACCUGGCAACCCCCUUUUCUUGUGAGCAGUUGUGGACGGGAGCAAACUAACGUCUCAUCAUCGGUGGUCUGCAGUGGAUCAGGUUGUGUCCAGAAGGAUGCAUCUUUAAACCUAAGCUGCUGAGAGGUCAAGAGGUGACAUGCCUCUGUAAAACGCCACUGGAAACAAAUGCUCUGCUGCCAUGCCUCCGGGGAUGGUGCGUCGUCUUUCUGUGUCAGCAGUCCAAACGCUGCUGUCUGUCCUGCUGCUGGCCGUUGGCUGGCCUUUCACCUCAUUACAUAGCAGUGUUGUCCAUUCUUCUCCCUUGAGUCUUUAUCCCACCUUUGUCCGGAAUGACACUCUGUUUGAGCAUUUGGCCUUGCACCCAAACCCUAGUGUUGGUCGGGUCUAUGUUGGGGCCCGAGAUCACCUGUACCAGUUGGAUCGAUUCCUCCAACCUGAACUCCAGGACAACACUGGACCUGUCACAGACAACCGGGAGUGCUUACCUCCUGUAACCGAGAGCAACUGCCCUCAGGCUAAGAUCACCAACAACCACAACAAACUGCUUCUGGUAGACCCUUACUCCAUGGAGCUUAUUACCUGCGGGAGUGUCAACCAAGGAAUUUGCCAGAAACGUAGUUUGGAUUCUGUGGAUGUGGUUCUUUUCUCCACGGAGAGGCCAGUGGAUACUCAGUACGUAGCGGCUAACCACCCCAAUGUUAGCACAGUGGGACUCGUGGUUCGCUCUCAUCCUGACAAGCAGCCAGUACUGUAUGUGGGGCGGGGCUACACCAGCAGCCACCCACCUAUUUCCACACGAAACCUUGCUCAGGAACCCGUUUUUUCCUAUGAGGAGACUGCCAAGUUGGCUGUGGCUGGCCGUCUCUCGGAAUACGACCAUCAUUUUGUAGCAUCAUUUGCCCACCGUCAGCAUGUCUACUUCCUCUUCUACAGACGGGACCUGAAGUCCCAGUCACGCGAGUACCGCACCUAUGUCUCACGUGUUUGUUUGGAUGACCAGGCGUAUUACUCUUACGUGGAAGUACCCUUGACAUGCCGUUCCAGGGCAGGGAAAGUUUACAACCUCUUGCAGGCUGUUCAACUUGGGCUCACCAAGGACGGUGGAGUGAGCCAAGGCUCAGAAACUCUUCUUGGUGUCUUCUCCACUCGUUUGGCUUCGUCCACUCGGCCCAGUGAGGACUCGGCCCUCUGCAUGUUCGACCUCGAAGAUGUGGAUCGCAGGAUUAACUCCACCAGAGACCUGUGCUACACACAGAUGGGUAAAGAAGCAGGGGUGGAAGCAGCCUACAUUGAGUACGAAGUCAAAUCUAACUGUGCCAACCUGCCAGAGAACACUCUUGACGCCUACCCCUGCGGCUCUGACCACACCCCCAGCCCGAUGGCCAGCAGGAUCGCCGUAGAAGCAGAGACCAUAUUGGACAGCCCGUCUGCCCGUCUCACUGCUGUGGCUGUAAGCGUGAGGCCGGGACAUACCAUCGCCUUCCUGGGAGAUUCCAAAGGGAACCUGCACAAGGUGUUCCUGGGGCCAAAUGGCGAGGUGGAGGAGUACUCUGUCAUUCCCAUUCAGCUGAACACAGUUAUCAGUUCAGACCUCAUCCUGGACCAGAAAGAGGAGCAUCUCUUCAUCAUGACACAGAACAUGCUGCAGAAGAGGCCUGUGGCUGAAUGCCAGCGGAACCUAGACUGUCACUCCUGUCUGCAGGCCCAUGACCCCUACUGUGGCUGGUGUGUCCUGGAGGGAAGGUGUGUGUUGCAGUCCGAGUGUGCUCGUGGCAAACACACAGGUCAGUGGCUGUGGAGCUUUGACAUGGAGCAGCAGUGUCUGGCCAUCCAGGACCUCAACCCCUCCAACAUCAGCAGGGAGGAGAGCAGGACGGUGUCUCUGUCGGUCCCGGGACUCCCAGUGCUGGAGAAAGGCGAGUCGUACUCCUGCUUCUUCCAGGACAGCCGCAGUCCCGCCGUGGUCACCGGAAGCGGGGUCACCUGUCAUUCACCUGACACCAGCCGAGUACCCAUGGUGCCUCCGGGGCAGGACUUCGUUACAGUCUCCCUGUCCCUUCGCUUUGGCGACAUCACCAUCACGGCGGGGGAUUUCACCUUCUACGACUGUACGGCUGUUAAGCAGCUGUCUGGCAGCAUGCCUUGCCGCGGUUGUGUUCUGAGCCGAUGGGGCUGUAACUGGUGUGUUCACCAGCACUUGUGUACCCACAAGCCUACCUGUGAGGAGGGAGUGAUCAUCUACAACCAGCAUUUUAAACUCCCCACCUCAGCUCCUCCCACAACCAAACCUCUUAAAGUCAUCACAACACCCACCACUACAACAGCUGCCCUGACAACUACCACCACCACAACCACCACCACAACAGUGGCUACAACUACAACUGCAGCCCCUGUCACUGUAGCAACCACUCAGGAGCCAACAACUCCUCCUGCACCCACUACUCCACCCAUGACCACCACCAGCCCCGAGCCAACCACCCCACCCACCACCCUGCCAUCCACCACACCAGCACCCACUGCACCACCAUCCCCAGAGGUUACCACCAGGAAGGAAGAAGAGGCUGCAGCCGGAGAGCUUGUUGUUGUCACCCAGAGCGACACUGAAGGCGCCAUGGCUACACCCAGUGUGGUCACUCUAGCCAUGGAUUUAGUGCCUGUCACCAUGGCUGAUGGUCUAAGUGGAGAUCUGGACCCUGUGAUGCCUUUGAUCAUCCCACCCCAUGACACAGACUCCUCCCCGCUGGAGGUGGUGACGGAGUCGCCCACCAGCGACUCCCAGGAAGCUGAAGCAGAGCCUCCCACCUUGGCCUCAUCUGGCUUCCCUCUGCCCACACCCUUCCCUGUGGACCAACCAGAUGACUCUGAGCCCUCCCUCUACCUGGACCUGACCCAGACUCCCACUGCAGUACCUGCAGUACAAGGCUCCCAGACUGAGGCAGAAAGCCCAGGCGCUGACCCAGAGGUGCUCCUCUGGCCAAACGAAGAAACAGAUGUCCACACUGAGAGUGCCGCCCAACCAGAAAAUGACACAGCCACAUUUUCAGCUGCGACUGUGUUGUCAGGUGAUGGUGAGGUUGACCACGCACCCCCGUCCUACCCCCACCUGCUGGACUACCAAUAUGAUCCAGCUGACACCUUCCUGCCGGGAGAUGAGGGCUCCUAUGUCAGCUGGGGUUCCUCAGCUUGUCCCUGUGUGGAGAAGGUCCAGGGUUCGUCACUGCUCCCUGUCAGAGUGGACAGGAAGAUCACCUUAUUGGCUCACAACCUGCACCUCUAUCAGGACACAGAGUUGGAUUAUGAGUGUGUGUUGGUCAUCGAAGGACAGACGGUGGUGGUGGAUGCCUAUGUGGAGACUGAUGAAACCAACCCAACCACCUUUGACAUCACCUGUCAACUACACCAGUACACAUACUCUGCCCCAGUGGAGGAAUACAAUGCCAUGGUGUAUGUGAAGAGGAGGGACACCUUUCACGUGGACAGCUCUCCUGAUCUGUAUGUGACUCUGUACAACUGCUCUGUGGGCCGCUCAGACUGCAGCCGCUGCCAUACAGCUGACGAUAAGUUGGGCUGUGUGUGGUGUGGUGGUGCUCACGCCAGCUGCUUGCAUUCAGACUCCUGCAGCGAACCCGUACAGCAGACGUGCCCCGCCCCUGUCAUCCACUCUAUUGAGCCACUUUCUGGCCUGCUGGAAGGCGGCACCAUGGUGACCAUCUCAGGCUCCAACCUGGGACAGAAGGCAAAGGACAUCCUCAAUUCUGUGUUAGUAGCUGGGGUUCCCUGCACUGUCAUCCCCAGUCUCUACGAGGUCUCCUCCAGGAUUGUGUGCAGGACCGAAGCCAGUGGAGGAGAGAAGACGGGCCAUGUGUCUGUUGAAGUGAGCGGAGGAGAGUUUGGUGUUUCCAUCCAGACAUUCAGCUUCCAGGACCCAUUUGUGAUGGGGGUAUCUCCUGAAAGGGGGCCCAAAGCCGGAGGAACAUCCCUGACAAUCACUGGCAGAAACCUGCUGACAGGACGUCCCUCUGACCUGACUAUCACUGUGGGAGGGGUGCCGUGUGACAUUGUGUCGGAGGUGCAGAGUUCCAGUGUUCAGUGUGUGACAGGCAGCAGCAAUAAGACUGGAGACCACCGGGUCACCCUGCAUUACGGCAACAGCCAGCGCCACCUCCACACUUCAGCCUAUCACUACACCCAAAACCCCAACAUCACCUACGCCACACCAGCAAAGAGCUUCCUUGACGGUGGACGGCUGAUCUUUGUGACAGGCCACAACCUGGACGUGGUGCAGGAACCACAGAUGGUGGUGACAGUCUCUUCCUUGGAGUCGGUCAGCCAGAAUAAAAGGAGGAAGCGAAGGAGUAGGAAGAGAAGGAGUGGAGAGCAAGGGGAGCACAGGGAGAAGACUUUGGGAAGGCCAGCGAGAAUGGUUCCUGAGCCUGUCUGUCCCGGAAACCCACUCUGCUCCGUCAAACAGCAGUUCACUGAGCACUGUGAGGUGAACUCCUCUUUGCUGAUCCUGUGUCGCUCUCCCAUGGUGGACUCCUCUGUCUGGGGGUCAAAGGUCACUGUGGAGUUUCUGCUGGACAACCUGCGCUUCGACUUCAGCACUCUGAACCCCCAGACUUUCAGCUACGAACCCAACCCUGUCCUGCGGCCCCUGAACCAGCAAGACCCUCUGAAGGCCUACCGCUACAACCCUGGCAGCUUCAUCCAGCUGGAGGGGGAAAAUCUGGACCUGGCCAUCACUAAGGAUGAGGUAAUAGUGUUGGUUGGGGAGGGUGUGUGUGCUGUUAAGACCCUGACCAGAAACCAUCUGUACUGCGAGCCGCCGCCUCAGCAGCCUGCGCCUGUACCCAACGGCAAGAAGCGUGAGGGCUCCGACAAUCUACCUGAAUUCACUGUCCAAAUGGGCAACCUGAACUUCUCUUUGGGUAAGGUUCAGUAUGACAACCUCAGCCUGUCCACCUUCCCUCUGGAGGCUCAGAUUGGAGUUGGGGUCGGGGCGUCCAUAGUGGCCCUCAUCGUUCUCAUCAUCGUGCUCAUUUACAGGAGAAAGAGCAAGCAGGCUCUGAGAGACUACAAGAAGGUCCAGAUCCAACUGGAGAACCUGGAAACCAGCGUGAGAGACCGCUGCAAGAAAGAGUUCACAGACCUGAUGACAGAGAUGAUGGACAUGUCCAGUGACUUGGUGGGCUCUGGCAUCCCUUUCCUCGACUAUCGGAUGUACGCCGAACGCAUUUUCUUCCCCGGCCACCGGGAGUCUCCACUGAGGCGAGACCUGGAUGUUCAGGAGUGUCGACGGCAGACGGUGGAACAGGGCCUGGUGCAGCUGUCCAACCUGCUCAACAGUAAACUCUUCCUCACCAAGUUCAUUCACACCCUGGAGAGCCAGCGGACCUUCUCUCCCAGAGACAGAGCCUACGUGGCCUCCCUGCUGACGGUGGCGCUGCACGGCAAACUGGAGUAUUUCACUGACAUCCUUAAGACUCUGCUCAAUGACCUGGUGGAGCAGUAUGUGGCCAAGAAUCCCAAACUGAUGCUCCGACGAACAGAGACGGUAGUGGAGAAGUUGCUGACAAACUGGAUGUCCAUCUGCCUCUAUGCUUUCCUCAGGGACUCAGCAGGGGAGUCCCUCUACAUGCUGUUCAGGGCCAUAAAGCACCAGGUAGAUAAAGGACCAGUGGACGCUGUGACCGGCAAGGCCAAGUACACCCUCAAUGACAACCGCCUUCUGCGAGAGGACGUGGAGUACAAGACCCUGACUCUGAAUGUUUUGGUGCAGGGUGGGGGAGUGAACGAGACCCAGCCGCUGCCCUCCAAAGUGCUGGACUGUGACACCAUAACACAGGUGAAAGAGAAACUGCUGGAUCAGGUGUACAAGGGGACCUCCUUCUCCCACCGGCCCCAUGCAGACUCACUGGACCUGGAGUGGCGUUCUGGUGUUGCCGGUCACCUCAUCCUGUCAGACGAGGACUUGACGUCUGUGGUUCAGGGCAGCUGGAAACGCCUCAACACGCUGCAGCACUACAAGGUCCCAGACGGUGCUACAGUGGCGCUGGUCCCUCGUCACACCAAACACAUUCACCAUGACAACCACGACUAUGUGGCAGGAGAGAAGACUCCAAUGCUGGAGGAUGCAGACGAAGGCGGAGUGAGACUGUGGCAUCUGGUGAAAGCCAGCGAGGAGCCGGAGCUGCCCAAACACCGCAGGGGCAGCCUGAGGGAGCGGGAGAGGGCCAAGGCCAUCCCGGAGAUCUACCUGACCCGGCUGCUGUCCAUGAAGGGGACGCUGCAGAAGUUCGUGGACGAUCUGUUCACGGUCAUCCUCAGCACCAGUCGCCCUGUCCCGCUGGCUGUCAAAUACUUCUUUGACCUGCUGGAUGACCAGGCAGGACAACAUGGCAUCUCUGACCCAGAGACGAUACACAUUUGGAAGACCAACAGUCUGCCUCUGCGCUUCUGGAUCAACAUCGUGAAGAACCCCCAGUUUAUCUUUGACGUCCAGGCUUCAGACCAUGUGGACGCAGUGCUCUCUGUCAUCGCCCAGACCUUCAUGGACUCCUGCACCAUCGCUGAGCACAAGCUGGGGCGGGACUCUCCCAUCAACAAGCUGCUGUAUGCCAGAGACAUCCCACGCUACAAACAGAUGGUAGAAAGGUACUAUGCUGACAUUAGGCAGACCAUCUCAGCCAGUGACCAGGAGAUGAACUCUGCUCUGGCUGAACUGUCCAGGAACUACUCUGGAGAACUCAACUACCUGGUGGCACUGCACGAGCUGUACAAGUACAUCAAUAAAUACUAUGACCAGAUCAUCACAGCGCUGGAGGAGGACACCACAGCCCAGAAAAUGCAGCUCGGCUACAGACUGCAGCAGAUCGCGGCUGCCGUGGAGAAUAAGGUCACUGACUUGUGACAGAGGAAACAUCCGACAGAGCCACGGGAAACCGAGCGUGUUGGGCAUCGGGAGGCGAUUUGAGAGACUUGCACCCUGCAGUUCAAACUGAAAAGCAAGAGAGCAGCAGAAAGACAAUUGGGGAGAUCAUACAGCCUUUGUUUUUGGAGAAAAUCAAAGAGCCAUAUGUUUUUUGAAGAAACUUUUUUCCACACUUAAGAAUCAGAUCAGCAGAUUCCUGUUGGCAUGGUGAUUUUAGUCCAGGACUCUGAGGCCUUGAGCUCUCAGUAGAAGCAGGACAGCACAUGGACACCACACAAACGUGGACAGAGAGGACAGAGGAUAUGCUGCACCAGUCGGGCCUGCUGUCCCUACGUUGACUUUAUGAAGGGAGGACAAACAGAAAGAAAGCAGCUGGACCGCAGUCAGCUGAUCUGAUAGAACUGAUAAAAGGGGGAUUUUAUGUCGCUGUUUCCCCUCCGUAGUGAAUUUUAUGCGGUACUUCUUGUGUGCUUGUUGCUGCUGUAUGGUCAAAAGUUAUUUCUUUGUGUGUCUACAGUGAUUUGUGUGAGUGUGUGUGUGUGUAGUUAUCUGUUUUGCAUUGCUUUUCAGUCUACACCUGUUUUCACAUUUCUGGUUUCUAGUACAAAGUAUUGAAGUAACUGGUUGCUAUUUUGUUUUGUUUUUUAGAUGUUAUAGUUGGCAGUAUUCAGAAAACAGUGAACUCAGCUUGAUUUUUUUUUUCCUCCCUGAAAUGGACACACAUUUAAGAAUGGAACCCACCUUUACUUAAAGCAAAUUGCUGAGAGUUUAACAAGUCGCUGCCUCUCUCUACCUCAGCCUGCUGUGCUGCAUCAAAUACUUUUGACUUUCUGUGAUCUUACUGACCCUUGUGUACAUUUCAACCAGCUGCAACUACCAGUGCAGUAGCACAGAUCUGCCCUCAUGCACAGGUACAGAAACACCUGCUGGACAUUCUCAUUUGCAGCACACACACACACACACACACACACACAUUUCAGACUUUUCCAGCUCAUUACUUUGUUUGAUGUGUUUGAGAUUGGAAAUGAAACCCUGCUCCCUGGAGCAUUUUAAGGUACUUAAACCCUGACAGUUACAGUUUACCCUGUUUUUGUUUCUCGCUUUUAUACGUAUUCAUGUGAAUGUGUCUGUAGUGUACAAGUCACUGGAAACACGUUAAGGAAAAACAAAAAAAAAUCCUUCCAUAAAGAAAUUCAUAUUAAUGAAGUUAGUGCACACCACAGUGUUUUAUCGUGUAAGUUGGUCACAUUUCUGUUUUGUACAUUUUUAACAUUCCCUUUAGGUUCUGAACAAUGGUUUAAAUUAUGGUUCACCUUGUUCCAGUCCAAGCCAAGGUAAUGGUACACUUGGAAAUGUUUUGUCGCGGUCAGUAUACAGUUGUUGAAUUGAGCACAAGGUGGCACUGCUUCAUGUGCUGAAGGUCUGUAUGGCCUUUUUGUUUUGUCAAGUCGAUGCAGGUUAUGUAUUGAUCAUACUGCAACUGGUUCAGUAGGUAUAGUUGAUCAUGUCACAUCGCUCUGCUUUCAGUUGGAGCGCAGAGAGACUUUGUAUACAUGAGCUAACCUUUGCUGAUGUUUUUUGUGUUUGUUUUUUAUUAUUAUUUAAAUGAGACUGAAAUGGCUUCCGUGGGUUAGUGAGGCUGGGUAUGGUGGGACAUUUGCUGAUGCCAGUCUGGUGUCAUACUCCGUUUAAAUAGUGUUUCUGAUAACACUGCCCUUUGUGGUGAGGUUUAGGGCUUAAUUUAGGUUCAUUUUUAGAUUACGGUUAGACAUUGCAGGGAUAACUGGGUUCAGGUGAACGCAUGAGGAACCCAAAUGACAGGGACAAACAGGCUUUGACACAACACUGGUAACAAUAAUUUCAGCACCAAAACAAUUAAAUUGUUCAGUACCUUAUUUCAGAGAAUAUAUACACAUUUUUUUUUCAAAUUAGUGCUAUAAACAGUUUAGUCUGCACUUAACAAAUAAUGAUGUUUGAUACCCAGCCCCAGUCACCAGCGACCAAAAAAGCAACUAUUGAACGGAUGUUUCCAUACACUGUCAGUUCAGAUGGGGACGGUUAUGAUAAAGACAGGCCAUCUGAGGAAAAAAUGUAACUCUUUUAUUAGGCUGUAUAAAUUUGGAGAUGUAGAGCAGGCUCUGCAAGGAGCAGUUUUAAGGAUGUUUCUUAUUUUGUGUGAUAAUAUCAUUGUACAUACCGAUUUAAAAUGUAACUGUAGUGAUUUAACCUGUUUAAAAGAGAAGCUGUAACUUCUCACAGAUGCUGAUGUAAUAAAGUAUUCUUAAAAUGA